AUGUGGAAGCCACCGAUAAACUUUCUCGCCCUGCAUUAUGCAUGGAUUAUCACUCUCAGCAUUCUGAGCUUAGUUAUCAUCUACCCUUAUGGUAAUCUGAAAGCCAUCGAUGCUUUUUUCUUCGGAGCCAGUGCGUCGACUGAGUCGGGUCUGAAUACUGUCGAUGUCAAAUCUUUGAAGACCUACCAACAGCUAUACAUAUAUUUCAUUCCAAUCCUGGGAAAUUUGGGGUUCAUCAACAUCAUCGUAAUUAUAUUUCGGCUUCGAUGGUUUGAAAAGCGCUUUAAAGCAAUCGCACCGCAUCUUUUGAGGCGGGAAGUUCCCGCUGAACAAGAUGCAGAGGCACAGUUGAAGCACAAAAGAAGUCUGAAUGGCACCGAUGAUGAAGUCCCAAAUGAUGCAUUGAACAGCCACGAAAUAGACGACUCGAAUAAAGAAAGGGCCCGUGUUGAAAAUCGGGACAAAUCUUCUAGGUUGGUUUCGAUGCAAUUUGUUCUCAAUACGAUGGGUACUAACUCAUACAGCGUUUCCUUGGAACCGAAGGAGGCGAAAGCCGAUGAGCCAGCCGUUCCGAAUAUUAACCCGACGAAGCAAACCAUUACCUUCGCUGAAGAUGAGCGGCCGGCUUCCGACAAGGACAAAGCUCUGUAUAUUCCGCCUCCCUGGAGCCGUGAAAGAGGGGCAUCGUUUUCUGAGAUUGAUGAAAGGCUUCACGAUGAAGAUGAUGGACGACCCGAGAAAGGCCUUAGUCGCCGACAGACUACCAGAAGCAUACAGUCGCGUUCACGUACUCAGACGCUUGAGCGAGUCGUGAGCUCCGUAUUCGUUUUGGGGGGUUCCACUAGCUUUGACCGAGGGAUGCCAGCGACAAAGCCGAGGGAAAUGAAACAGCUGGACUUGCCGAAUAUGUCUUCUCAGGCUACAAUAGGCCGGAACUCCCAGUUCCAUAAUCUAUCUGCCGAAGACCGGGAGACACUCGGCGGUAUCGAGUAUCGAAGCUUGAAGCUCCUGUUAAAGAUUGUCGUGGGAUACUUCUUUGGUCUGCAUCUCUUCGGUGCAAUCUGCCUUGUGGGGUGGAUUAUGCACGCGGAUCCGAAAUAUCGUGACUACCUCGCUGAAUGUGGGCAAGGCAAGGUUUGGUGGGGCUUUUACUCCGCUCAGACGAUGGUCGACAAUCUUGGCUUUACUCUGACACCAGAUUCGAUGGUCUCGUUUCAAGAUGCGACCUUCCCAAUGAUUCUCAUGAGUUUCCUUGCAUUUGCCGGGAACACUUGUUAUCCAUGCCUUCUUCGACUUGUUAUCUGGAUCUUCUACAAAGUUUGCCCGGAGAAAUCCUCGCUCAAAGAUCCACUCAGGUUCCUGCUCGAUCAUCCGCGACGGUGUUAUACACUGCUUUUCCCAAGCGGGCCAACAUGGAUUCUCUUCGGAAUCCUAUUCGUCAUGAACUCUGUCGAUGUUAUUCUCAUCAUUGUGCUGGACUUGAACAAUUCCGCCGUAAACAACCUGGCACCUGGUCCUCGAGUUCUCGCCGCUAUUUUCCAAGCUGCAUCGGCGCGUCAUACGGGUACCGCGUCUUUCAACUUGGCCGAUGUGAGCCCAGCCGUCCAAUUCAGCUUGGUGGUCAUGAUGUAUAUUGCAAUUUUCCCGAUUGCUAUUAGCAUCCGAGCUUCCAAUGUCUAUGAAGAGAGGACACUGGGCGUAUAUGGUACCGAGGGUAGCAUAAACGAGCAUGACGGCCGGUCUUACAUUAUGAACCAUAUUCAGAACCAACUGACUUUUGACCUGUGGUACAUUUUCCUCGGCUGCUUUUGCAUCUGCACGGCCGAGGCCGGUAAGAUUGCAGAUACGUCAAUUCCGGCUUUCUCUGUGUUCUCGGUGUUAUUCGAAGUAGUCUCGGCAUAUGGCAACGUCGGGCUUAGUCUUGGGUAUCCCACCGUUUCGACUUCUCUAUCUGGAGAGUUUACCGUGUUCAGCAAGCUUGUCGUUUGUGCCGUGAUGAUCCGAGGCCGUCACCGUGGUUUGCCUUACAAGCUCGACCGUGCCAUUGUUCUCCCAAGCGACCGCCUUGAAGAAGAUCACCGAGGUGGGAAUGAGGUUCAAACCAAGGUUGACUGA